CGCACUCUUUGCUCACCGUCCACCAUGGCCAGCACCACCACACCGGCAGCGGCCACGACGACUCUGCGCCAUGCGUCCAGCGCAGAGCCCAGCGAGGACGACGCCCGCCACAGCUCGCUCCUCCGCCGCUCGUGGUACGCCAUGUCCGACGUGCUCUCGCCGUUUUCCCCCUCUGCGCUCGCUUCCCUCCCUAAGAAGACCUUCCAAAUUCGCCCGCGCUAUACCCGCGUCGACCACAUCCCCGACGCAGAACAGGAUGAAGACGGCCAGAUGCCCACCGUCAGGGACUACCAUGCUAUCAACUCCGUACCCCCACAAGUCCGAGUCCCGAAGAAGAUUGCGACCCCUGUUAAGGUCGAGGGGAAAGUGUGGUUCGCGAACGAGCGAACGUGGGUUGCGUAUCUUCAAACCUCGGUGCUCAUAGGCACAUUGGCCCUGGCGCUAUUCAAUACUUCGAAAGACAGCAUAGCUCGCAAUCUGGCAUACGCAUACGCGGGGCUGAGUGUAGCGGUCCUGAUUUAUGGAUAUGCAGUAUACCAGCACAGGAUCACCAUGAUCCGUAGGCGGGAUCCUGGCCACUUUGACCAAAUCGUCGGUCCCGUCCUCAUUAGUGCUUUCUUGUUUUGUGCAGUUCUCGUGAACUUCGUGCUUCGUGUGCGAGAACUACAAAGCAAGAAUAUCACCAUACCCGGCAUACCGUUCCUCUAAGCGGCUUGUCGUUCCCGGCUCUGUGUGACCGCACAUAUCAUGCUACCAUCUACUGUAUCCGCCCACGACCGCUAUGUACUAUCAGCCUAUCUGUCGGUCUGCAAUGCUACUUCCUGCGCCUUCCUCGCCCAUUCAUGCCGCCUCUCUGGCACCGCUGAUCCCUUCGCACAUCCUCGGCGCUCGAAGCCAAUUCAAUGAGUGCUCUGUCGGGGCAGCGCAUGCCGCCAGGGCUCGUCAUCCCGUCCUAUUCUUGAGACAAAGGCGGCCCCGUGGCCCUCGGGCUCCAGCUUCGGAGACUCCUAGCCCGCGAUGGGCAGGUUCUCGCCGUUCAAGCGUCCUUGCUCGAUAUCUUCGACUUCGCC